AUGUUGAAUGACUUGCUCCAAGGAACAGACGCCGGAGGCUUUUUUAUCAUACAAGAUUCAUGUCGUUAUUCGGCCAGACGUCUCCUAUGGAGCUUCAUCAAAGCCGCGUUGAACAGGGAGGAGGUCGUCCACGUCCUCAGCUUCGAGGUCAGUGAGGACGAGCUCAAGAAUGGCUUGAAAGGAUCGCCUAUUGAAAGGCUCCGCUUCCACGACGCUUACAGCGAUCCGCUGGGUUGGUCGGGCCGCGGCGCUUUCACCGUGGACCGAUUCUGCGCGGAAAGCGUCACGGCGCUCGUCGAGCCGUCCUCCCCGGGUCGCCGGGCCGUUUUGGUCAUCGACUCGCUCUCGUGGAUUCUCAGACACAGCGGUCCCGCCGCCGUCUGCCGGGCUGUCCGGCAGCUUCGAAACGACGGGUCCGUCGUCAUCGUCGGGCUCCUCCACCGCGACCUGCAUCCGCGGGGUACGGUGGGCAGCCUGUGCCGCUCGGCCGCGUCGGUCGUCGCCGUGGACGCGGGUCCGAGAGGGGCCGAGGCCAAAGUAACCAAGCGUUUAAAGUCGGGAAAGGUCUUGCAAGACGAGGAGGUGUUCUCCGUCGACGACGACUUGACGGUGGUCGGACGGAGCGAGCCGAGCCGGGUCCGACCGCGAGAACCGGAGAUGGACCCGACAGCCCAUCUGACCUUUAACCUCCGCUUGUCCGACUUGGAACGCGAGGCUAAGGAGAAGCUGGCGCUGCCCUUUGUUUUCACUAAAGAGAAGAAAGCGGCUCUUCUGCACACCGGCUCGGGGAGAAUCGUGUACGAGCCCGACGCUAACGACGACUACGACCAGGAGGACCCGGAUGACGAUCUUGACGUGUGA